CCGGACUGAUGUGGGCUGACGGGUAAAGUUCAGAGUAUAUAAAUGAACAUCCGCAUUGUCAGGUCACCCCUGGUGGUCUCCGCAAGAAUCCAAUCACUCCUAGCCUCGACUGAAUAGCAUACUGGGUGUAAGAAUGUCUGUCCCCGACUGUGCUCCAUCUGAUGCGCCUCUCGACAUAGCUGCAAUUGGCGCCGCGGAUCGUGUCUUCCUCCAACUCUGGUACUACCACCAUACCGAGCUUCAUUAUUCCUGGGUGGUCCAGAAGGAGACCCCGUGGCUCCGUGCACUGGGUGGGCCUCAGCAAGGUCUUGCCUGUUUCCUGGAAGCCGUGACGCAGUCUCUGACCGCAGCAAGUCUCAUGGAACAGUGCCCGAUUGAUGAGAGCAGCGCCUACGGGAAAAUGGUGAACGAGCGGCUCCGUGGGGGCCUCGAGCUGGUCUCUUACCACUGGGGUCAUUACGCGCCCACCCUGGCCCGACUCUACCGGGAGAGAAGGGGGCGGGCGCGGAGGUUUCUGGAUCCCGAUCUCUGGCUAGCUUCCUAUGGGGAAAACUGGGUGUCGCAGGCCUUCCACAUCAUGGCCAUCUUCGACCAGGCGUUCGCAGCCUUGGGUGAUUCGCAGUUUGAGCCGAUCAUCCGCGCCUGCAUUCAGAAGUAUGUGGGAACCGCCGCCGUUGCUCGCAUGGGCACUGAUAACACGCAGCAACCGCGCCAUCCGACCCCGUUCGAACAUGGCCACGACUGCCAGAUCUGUUGCCGCCCGCUGGGAGACAAGCUCGAGACCAUCUUCUGGUGCAAGCGCUACUGCGGCUUCGCCGCCCACGUCGGCUGUAUUCGGGAGUGGUGUCGAGGACGGGGACUGGGGCACCCACAAGAAGCCCCGCACCGAAACACCUGUCUGCACUGUCGUCAACCCUGGCUGAGUCCCUGGGGGGAGUGUUUCGCGGUGCCCUUGUGUGACUGCCGUCUCGAUUGGUCGAUUGACGAUACUCAAGAGGCACCGCGCCAGAUGUCUAAAGGCUUGCCUGAGCGGCCCUGUCCGCCACUCGAGUGGCAUAGUUUGUAUUAGGGCUCAUGGUGGGCUACCUGUCCCAAACUGGCAUAACCCCAACUUGGCCGGCGGAUUGCCUUGCCAGCCAUCUCUUCAAGUUUCUGGGGGUUGUCCGGGUCGUCGAGCUUUUCAGGCCGCAUAUUGUACUAGACGGGAUUUCUUCAGUGAGACAGUGAUUGGUAUUGUCAUAGGAAGGGAAAUUAAGGAAGCAAACUAGUGUUUUCGCAACGCCGCACGUAGAAAGGAGGUGAAGUCGAGGAGGAGGAGACGGGAAGGAAGGUCUCGGUGUACGGGAGACCGCACGGUCAUGGUAGUUACCAGCCGCUCCACCUCAGCAAGAGGGGGACUGGGUCUCUAUGCUCCAAGCUCAAUCUCAU